AUGAUGUUUGGAUUCUCUUCGAUAGCUAGUUCCACUAAUUUAGGGAACAGGGGGAGAAUCUGGCCAACAGACUUGUUCUUGAAAUCAGAUUUGCCAAAUAAGUUAUUUGCAAUGGCAUGGUUAAAUGAAAUAAUUUGCAACGUUUUAGAUGAAACCACGAAUGCUCCUGAGAUGUUGUCUUUGCGCUUGGCCCAAAGAGAGGUCCAAGCGAUGUCCAUAUUGUUCCGCUUGAUGGCGAUGAUUUCUCCGGCAAAGACCAGCUCCUUGCCAUUGCACAGCCUAUCUAGAACCAGGUCACGUGCACGAGGAGCGAUGAGGUCGAGAAGGCUGAGCGAGGACAAAGAGGCCUUUGAGAUACCAAACACAAGACACGCUAAAUCAUUGGCGUUUUUGAGGUUCCACGGCGGGUCGAGUUCGCAUGUGAAGUAUGCUUUUGGCGAAGCCGACUUCCCGCCUGUGGUAAGAUGGAACUGA